AUGCUCUCACGUAUUGCUGCUGUGAAGGCACUUUGCACAGACAACCGUUGCCGCAUGACCGGAUGCAGCGGAAGGAGGAGGGAAGGAAGAGAGAGUGGGCAGCAGAGGCCCAACAUGUCCCGGCGUGUGUUUGCUUCCGCGGUGCUACUCCUUGUCGUGAUGGUGUGCUUUGGCAGUGGAGCUGCGCACGCGGUGGAGAGUAAUUCGGGGGAUGCGCAGCUGCCGAAUGAGGUUGCUAUUCUUGUGCCAGAGAAGACGCUGGUGGUGUCAAAAGGUGGGAAGGGCCAAAGUACAACGAGGGUUUCGUUUGUUUCACCCUCUCUCGUCCGUGCUGGUGGAGUGAUGACUGUGCUUGCCGAGGGUUGGAUCAAGUAUACUGGAUCGCACAAAACAUCGAGUGAGCUUGGUUCUGCCGAUAUUGUGGCUGGGUACAUCAGCGCUGCGGAGACGUGGCCAUCCAUUGUCGCUGAGGUCACUAGCACGGAAUGGAGGGCACACACUGUCCUUGGCGAUGGGAAUGGCGAUGAUCUUGUGGGCGUUUUGCGAAAUCCCACAUCAGUUGGAGUGGACAAUAAGGCGUUCCUACUUGUGGGAAAUUAUAGUAUAAAAUUUGACGCUACUAAAAAGAUUUGGCAGGAGGUUGGCUGGGAUAUUCGAAUGCUUGUGGGUGAGGCCACGCACUCCUUAUCCAGCGGUCGGGGUGAAUGGAUCGAAUGGGCUGCACCCAUAUCACUGAUGUCACUGAUCCCCGAAGAGCUUAAAAGUGAACUGAAGGAAUUUAUGGGUGGUGGUGGCUCAGGCAUUGUGACGUACGACGACACGAUUGUGUUUCCUCUGACAGCGAGGAAUCAAAAUGGUUACCCUGUCUCCUUGCUCAUUUAUUCGAAGGAUAAAGGCAACAGCUGGGUGGUCCCAAAGGGCGUUUCUCCUGUGGACUGCUUUGGCCCCCGCAUCAUCGAAUGGGAUUAUGGGACACUUCUCAUGGUUACUGACUGUUUGGAUGGCCGCAAGGUGUUUGAGUCGAAUGACAUGGGGGAAUCGUGGACGGAGGCUGUCGGGGCACUCUCAUGGCUGUCGACAGACGCGCCACCUGACCCUUACGGCAGGAGGUAUCUUUUGGGAUCUAUCAUUACUGCUAUCAUUGAGGGAAAUAAUUUAGUUCUGUACACUCAGAAGGGGAGGUACCCUCCGGGGGAGCGUGGUUUACCCAAUGCGUUCUAUCUUUGGGCGACGAACGGCAACCGCACGUUUCAUACUGGACGGCUUUCUGUGGACGAUAAGGAGAAUAAGGCGACUGCCAACACCCUGCUGUACUCAGGUGAUGCGUUGCACCUUGCAGAGGCGAGGGGUACUGCAACGAUCAGCACAAUAUACUUUUCCCGCCUGACGGAGGAACUGGAGAUUAUCAAGUCUCUCGUGAGGACCUGGGAACGAAUGGACGCCUUCUUCUCCAUGUCGCAUACACCCACGGAUGGACUGGUUGGAUUCUUGUCCAAUACAGCCAUCGGCCCAAAAUGGAUGGACGAAUACCUUUGCGUGAAUGCAACGGUGACGAAUGGAGUGAAAGUCCAAGAUGGAUUUAAAUUCCCGGGGGAUGGAUCCGGGGCAACAUGGCCCGUGAACAGUCGGAAGGAUAAUGUGCCGUACACCUUUGCGAAUAAAAGAUUUACUCUUGUGGCGACGGUGGUCAUCAACGAGCUAAAAACAGGUGGCAGCAGCAAUCCUCUGCUGGGUGCGGUGCUGGAUGAACCCGUCAGUCAGUUUCUUAUUGGGGUGUCGUACAACACGGGGGGUAAGUGGGAGACAGUGUUCAAAGGCAAAACAACAACACAGAGCAGCACUUGGGAGACGGGGAAAAGAUACCAGGUGGUGCUGAUGCUAUCGGAGAAUGAGGGCUCUGUUUACGUGAAUGGUGAGCUUGUGGGGAGCUCGGAGACGAUACCAACAAGUAAGGAACGAGUGUUCGAAGUCUCGCACUUCCAAAUUGGGGGCGACGAAAGAGGCCGCAGCGGCGAUGUGACGGUGAUGGACGUCUUUCUGUACAACCGCCGACUGACUGAGGAUGAACUGAAAACGCUCAGGAAAGGCGGUGACGGCUCCAUGCGUGGGGGCGUGUCACGGGUGCUCAUGCUGCUGCUGCUGGGGCUGUGCGGCAUUGCGGUCCUUUACUGA